AUGGAAACAAAACCCCAAGAAACGGUCGAGUCUCUACUGGAAAGCUGGGCUCCUUUCCCUGAGUCAGCAGCAUCUGUCGCCGCUUGGUCGAAGGAGAACGUACCCGACCGGCAGCCAUCCGAAUUGGAUUCAAUCCCUAAAUUACCAUCGCCGCCGCAACCGCCAGCUUCUAACGAGUUAUCGGCGCAGGAAAAUGCAUUCAGAUUAUGCCGGAAUUUCUUCGACGCCGAGUACGGAUCCGACAAGGAAGACUUGGAAUUCGACGAACUGGAUGAUGGGAAGAGUUACGAUUUCUUCAAGGGGCUUUUUGAUGAAGCAGCCGAUUUGAGGGAUCUUUAUCUAAGGGAUACGGCAAAGGGGGAUUUCUACUGCCUGGCUUGUAGGGCGAUUGGGGAGAAGCUGUGGAAGAAGUUCUUCGGAUUGUUUGCGGUCGCCCAGCACGCCAACUCUGUUUCUAAGACGAGGAACACAUCGGUGCAUCGCGGUUAUGCGAGAGCGAUCUGCGAAUUACUUGGUUGGACAAUUGAUCCGUCCAGGGGUGUUCUUUUCGGCAAUAAUGCAGUUGACACUGAGCAUCAGGAUGAAUUAGCUCUGAAGUUAUCCAUGGAGAAUGCUAAAGAAGAUGCCAUAGGUUGUUCUUAGAGAUGAUUGUAGAUUUCUCUUGAGGAGCAAUGCUUCGUGAUGAUUAUUCUACAAUUUGUUUGAUUGGCUAGCUUUAAUGGAACAUUAGAAUGUGAAAUAUUUUUCUCAGGAUAAUUAUCUAUUAGAACAAUAGCUAAACUGUUUAUGUUGGCUUGCUUCAGUCUUCAUUGAG